GCCUUAGCUCUAAUCCUGUGGGUGCAGCAACAACAGCAUCAGAACCUUGAAAAACAUCGUUGAGAGAGAAAACAAUACCCGUGACGGUACCAGUUUUUAACAAAUAGAACAAAAAUGGCUUCCAAAAGAGCUCUGGUCAUCUUGGCUAAGGGAGCAGAGGAAAUGGAGACUGUCAUCCCUGUAGAUGUCAUGAGACGAGCUGGGAUUAAGGUCACUGUUGCGGGCCUGACUGGAAAAGACCCAGUGCAGUGCAGCCGUGAUGUUGUUAUCUGUCCUGAUGCCAGUCUUGAAGAUGCAAAAAAAGAGGGACCAUAUGAUGUGGUGGUUCUUCCAGGAGGUAACCUGGGUGCACAGAAUUUGUCUGAGUCUGCAGCCGUGAAGGAGGUCCUCAAGGAGCAAGAGAGCAGGAAGGGGCUCAUAGCGGCCAUCUGCGCAGGUCCUACUGCUCUGUUGGCUCAUGAAAUAGGUUUUGAAAGCAAAGUUACAACACACCCACUUGCUAAGGACAAGAUGAUGAAUGGAAGUCACUAUACCUACUCCGAGAACCGCGUGGAGAAGGACGGCCUGAUCCUCACCAGCCGUGGGCCCGGGACCAGCUUCGAGUUUGCGCUGGCCAUCGUCGAGGCCCUGUGUGGCAAAGAGGUGGCAGCACAAGUGAAGGCCCCACUGAUCCUUAAAGACUAGAGUAGGGAAUGCACCACCCGGCAGGGAAGUGUCCGUUGGCGCCAUGCUCGCUGUCCAUGCAGGAGUGGUGGUCACUCAAGAGGCCGCCUUGCCGCUGCUGCUGUGAAGUGUGGUUGUAGCGUAGCAGCUGCCAGGGGCUUCUCCACUCACAGGUUGUGUCUGUACAUUUCUGAGCCUUGUUUGCACAAUAAACAGGUCAUUUAGCAAACUAUGA